AGAUGUAAACACGUGCUGUGUAACCGAAAUUCUUUUUGUUUUCUGUGGAAUAUAUGAAUUUUAAUCUACAGGGAUAAAGUUUACGGUCUGCUCUGAGAUUGAUGCAAGACAUGUACUAAUUACUAUUUCUUUAAAAUUAAUAGUCAUUAAGUAAAUUCAGUUUUUGAAACAACCGGAAACUGUAUUACGAAUAGAAGGCAAUCCUUCUAGAGUGACACAAGAAGAAAAAUUUUCCUUUUUUGUCGUUUUUAACUGUGUUUUCGUCGCACGCUGUUCACUUGCCCGAGAUCACGUACCUACCUGCCACUGAGAGGGGAGGAGACAGGCUGUUGUCACCCUUGGUUACAAGCACGCCGAAUACAAAACGGUUUUUAUGAUCGAUCAUAAUUAGAGCUCAUUUGUUGUGAUUUAGGACAAUUUGGUUAAGAAGUCAAUAUAUUUAAAGUUCUCUUUCCUAGUAUCGUUUAAUAAUGACGCGAUCUCCUUUUAGUGAACUUCAAGAGAACAAAAUGGGAGAAAGCAAGCGAAAAACUACGACAGGGAGUGUGUUCUGGGAAGCUGCUGAAGAGAAGGCGAAACGAGGCGAAAGUUUACAAGAAGCUUUUAAGAAAUUCAGAAAGAAGAGACAGAAUGCUAUACGUUUAUCCAAACAAGUUGAUGAGGAGACCGUAAAGUGGAGAGUUGAUCCUGUGAGAAUGAAUAACCUCCGAGUGAAAUUUGUUGAGCAGUGUAAGCUAUACUUUGGUGUGCCUUAUGCCAAGAAAUACCAGGAACCAGGAUCGGCAGAGUUCAAUGCACCAUUCUUUCUUGAUUGCUGUGGUUUGAUCAGAAAGGUACUGAGGGAUCUCAAAGAAGAUUUUGGUUUUGAAGUUGGGCCAUGGAAUCAAGCCUACAUGCAAAGAAACAGCGUCACAACAUGGUCCAUGUUGAAGUUUGGGCAGGAGAUGGAGAGAAGACCAUUGGUGCCAGAUGGCAGAAGGGGAAGGUUCAGUACCAUGACUCCUACAAAUUCAAUGCCAAGAGCUAUCACAGCAUGCAGUAUCAUUUCAAAUCCAUCGAUACUUGGCUAAUGGGAAUUUGUCAGAGCCACUGCCCAGAACACUCAUGGAAGCGAUCGCAGUUUGAGCCAGGAAAGAGGUCCAUCUUUGCUGAAGACCAAGGAAAUGAAACAGAAGAUCAAAAUGCGGAAGAACUUGCAGAUGAGGAGAUUGGCAGUCAAAUAAAUGAUGAUAAACAGAUGCGUCCUUGCAGCCUGUUGAAUGUUAGUUGCUCCCAAAAAGAGGAUCACAGUUUCCCUGUCAAAAAGAAUUCUAAUCAACAAGCUGUUUCCUCUCACAUCACUUCUCCAGAAUCAAACAAAUGUUAUGAUACAGUUUCCUCUGAUCAUUUUUCUACAACUACAACAGCCCAACUGCUGCAGAGAAACUUUAACAACCUCGAUGAAUGUGUUACUUGGUUGCUGACAAAGAUAAGCAUGGAUAUUGAGAGUGAAUGUAAUGAUGCAAUUUCUGACAUGGAAGAAAUUGAGUUACAUUCAAGUCAUCAACAGACAGAAUAUUCCUCCUCAAGUGAUCACUACAGAAACACAAUUCCAAAGGAUCACUCUGCAAGCAAAACUAAAAUGGAAGCAACAAUGCAGUCAAACACUGACCAAGACUGUCAUUGUCCUCAGUGUUGUUGUGUAAAUGUCAACUGCAUACAUCAAGACUCUGGCAGUGUUAAUCGUUUUGAUGUUUCUCAAGAUCAUGAUCAGAAUGAAGGUGGAAAUUUAGAGUACUGCAAGGAAAAUUCUUCAUCUUUGGAGUGUUUUGACUUUAUUCAUACUGGCAUGAAUUGUGAUUCGUUUUGUAUAAACCAGUGUCCUAACAAUUCAGACAGUAAUCACAGUCGAAGCAAAUCCAGAAGGUCUGUGUCUCCUAACAAGGCUACAAAAAAUGGGAAAGACUCCGGGAGUGGUUCCUCGGGCAAUGGAAGAGGGAAUGGAAAUGAAAAGAACAACAAUGGGGACUCCUCUCGCAGGAGUGGUGCAAGAUCAGUCAGUAGUUACAUGAAUGGUAAACAGCCAAGGUUCUUCAUUGGAGGAGGAAAUGGAAAUUGGAUGAUCGAAUCAACUUUGGUUUCACUUGGAUGGUCUAGAAUUGAGGACAAGUUGGAUGAAUCGUUCAAACUCAAAUGGGUGGAGUGCAAGAGUCAGAUUAACUAUGAAAAUUUCAGAGAUGGUGAACAGUUGGCCAAUCACAUUUCCAACAUCAACUUGUUGACAACAAAGCUGGGUCUCCUGUGCAGCUUGGAGGAAUAUCAACGCGUGCAAGAGAAAAUGGCCAAGAACAAGCUAAAAUUUCCUCUGAGUGAGUUUGUCCCGGAAACUCACAAACUGAUGAACACAACAGAAAAAGCCAAGUUUGUGAACGAAGUUUACAAAGAAGGUGAAAUUUGGAUCUGCAAACCGACGGGUAUGAAUCAAGGAAAAGGAAUUUAUCUUGUUAAUAGCAAAGAGCAGCUGAUCGAAAAGCUUAACAUGAACGGAGGUGAUAAUGCAAGUGCUAGACGAAGUUUACUGAGGCCCCCACAAGGACGCGUUAUACAGAGAUAUGUGAUGAAUCCUCUCCUGUUAAAUGGCUGUAAAUUUGACAUUCGUACGUACAUGCUGAUUGCUAGUACCACUCCUUUCAUAGUUUUCUAUCAUCCGGGAUAUGUGCGACUCUCGUGUGUCCCGUAUACACCCUACAGUCCGGAUGCCGCUGGACUGCAUGCUCAUCUUACCAAUCAGUAUGUCCAGAAGAAACAUCCUUUAUAUUCAUCUAUGAAAGAAGACACUGUCUGGAGUUUCGAACGUUUGCAGUCUUACAUCGACGAGAAGUAUGCCAAGGAGAAGGAACUUCCCGAAAACUGGGUUUACACCGCAUUUACGAAACGCAUGCAUCAGAUCAUGACAACGUGUUUUCACAGUGUUCGUCAGAAGCUUCACAGGAGAGCGGGAACAUUUGAUUUGCUAGGCUUCGAUUUCCUCAUCGACGACAAUUUUAAAGUGUGGUUGUUAGAAGUGAAUAUUAACCCUGCACUUCAUACCAACUGUCAGGUUCUGAUGGAUCUCUUACCCGGAGUAGUUGACGAGACGUUAAAACUUGUAAUCGAGAUUGCUGACAAGACCAAGAAAAGAGCUCCGGUUUUUCCUUUAGAAAAUCAGAAGGGAUUUCAAUUGUUGUACAAUGGAGAAGGAAAAUAGAAGUAGAACGAUGUAAUUGCGAGCGACAUAGAUAUGAAAGAACUCAAGACGCCGUGCUUACGGGUCUAAAAUUAUUGGUACAGAUGGAUCAUACUUGCAAAGAGCCUAUCCUUGUAAAAGGAAAAGGCACCGAUCUGGCCACUUGGCGUCCGCCAAGCAGAAUGCAACGUCAAUAAAAAUAACGGUUUGAAUAAAUGGAUGUACAGCGAGUCAAAAAUUGCGCUGUUCUAUGAUCAUCGUGUCAAGAGUUACGUGCUUGAAAAAGGACGACGAUACGAAAAUGAAUAGUGCAUGAUAGUUUCUGUGAAGAGUGAGAGUUUCGUGAUAAUCUACUUGGUUGUAAGUACUUUUGAAGUGCAAGCUUAGAUAUGCCAACACAACGGUCAAACGUUUCUGGUCGCCCGCGCACCAAUUUCCCGCGCAAACGUUCAAUGGAAAACAUGACAAGUUACAGCUGUCUUGCAAAAUAAACGAAACAAAAUUGAAACGUUCAAAGCAAUCUGUUAAAGGAAUAAAAAGAUGGGGAAAUGGAAAACUCCAGACUUUUCGAACACAACACUUAUUCAAGUACGGGUUUCCAAUUAGUUUAUCAUAUUGUUUUAAGCUUUCCCAAAAAAGUUAUACGCUUUUAAAACACUGUGACUUACUGACUUGUGUUUUUGUAUGUAACUCGUUUUCAUGCACAUGCGCAGAAGGUUGUUGUAUAGACCGUGAAUCGAAGAUUUGCAUGUAAAUUUUCUUAUUAUUCUUCUAUUUGAUGAGUAUUGGUGAAAUUAUCCAGGGAUCGACUUGCCCUGAACACGAAAAUAUUUCGCCGUCUCUGCGAGUGUUAACAGGUGUAUCUUAGAGAAAUCCUGGUGAAUGAAGGUGUGUUUAUAUGUGAAUUUGAAUGAGGUAAUGAUAAAUGUGUUUGAGUUUUCCCAUUAUGGUUAAAAGAACAGAUGUUAAGUCAACUGUUACGCCAUAGAAAAAUUAAUGGACUGUAUUUUGUAUUUCUCAACUUUCAGUAUUUAUAACGUACAAAUGAGAGAAAGUUUUUUUAACGUGUGGAUAAGAGUACAUUCUUUCUCCUAUUUUUGCCAUAACAGUGGCGUUUACUUCCUUGUACUACUAGUAAAAACUGAUCUUUUUGGAGAAAGGCCUUUUCGUUUUAUCAACCUCCUUGGUGUUAGACGUAAUACUCUCUCUCUUCUUAUCAACGAAAUUCUGGAAUUCGAUUCGUAGCUUCCUCGCUCUAUUAGAACUAAUUACAACAUAAUAAAGUACAGUACAGCUGGCCCAUUGAAG